AUGAAUUCGAAAAUCGCAUAUGCAAUGCAAUUUUGCUCACAUAAAUGCGAUAUAAUUGAAUCUCGAAAGGACAUUUUAAAAGCUGGUGCUGUACUUUUCAAUGUUAAUGAUCUUCGCUUAAAUAAUUUACCAAAACGAAGAAUUCCUAAUCAAGUAUAUGUAUUGUUAAACCGAGAAUCGCCACACCAUACGUAUAUUUAUUCAAAGCGUUUACCACCAUAUUUUUUUAAUUUAUCAAUGACAUAUAGGUUAGAUAGUGAUUUUUAUUAUGGCUAUGGUCGAUUGAAAAAGAUUACUAUGUCAACUGAUCCUAGCAAAAUCCGAAAUUGGAAAGAUAUUAAAAAAAUCGUAAAAAAAAAGAAAAAAUCUAUUUUACAAUUUGUUUCACAUUGUUAUACUCCAUCGAAACGAGAGGAUUAUGUUGACGAACUUAAACGCUACAUCAAUGUAACAAUUUUCGGCAAAUGCACAUCUAAUCCAUCUGAACAUCGCUUCUAUCUCUCAUUUGAAAAUAGUGUUUGUCGAGAUUAUAUAACUGAAAAACUUUUCACUCGAAUCGACCAAUUACUUAUUCCCAUUGUUCUAAAAAAAUCAUUUUAUCGACAUAUUCUUCCAGAUGAUUCUUAUAUCGCUGCGGAUGAUUUUUCUUCUCCAAAGACAUUAGCUGAUUAUUUAUCAGCUGUUGAAAAUAAUAUAACUGAAUAUAUGAAGUAA